UGCAAAACGUAAACAAACGAAGCAUAAAAUUCGCGUUUCGUGAUAUUUUCCAUGUUUCGCACAUAAACAAACCAACCCACACUGUGGAAAUUUUCGCGUACGCGCUCGUCCUCGGCGCCUCGGAAAACUGUAGUCGCGGUGGUCGAGAGCCAAUUCCGUCACAUUUCGUUGUUGCAAGUGUUUUCGAACGGUUCGCGUUGCAUUUCCGCGAGUGCAAAAGCUUUCUGUAAUUCCACGCUGUAUAUCCUUCCGCACAGUGACCUCGGAGGAAUUCGAGACCAUCGCAGUGUUACGCAGUAAUCGGACAAUAACCGAUCGAUCGGCCGAAGGAUGUUGAAUUUUCUCUCAUCGAAGAAACCCUCCGGCGCUGGUCCGCUGCAGGGCUACAAGAUUACCGAUGUGGACCGCAGCAGAAAGUACGGCGUGGCCGCGGAUUCGCUUCGGAUGCUGAAAACGAAAGCCUCCGAAAAGUUCAAGCUACAAAACUGUCGCGUCUAUCUGGCAAGCGAAGGCGUCGAGGUGUUGGACGAGGACUAUUUUAGCACUCUUCCGGCCCAGGUCCUUUUCGUGGUCGCCGAGAGGCACGUUAUCGUAAAAACUGAUUUCCAGCUUAUGUAUGAUGCAAUAAAGUCCACCCAUAGCGAGCUUCUACAGGCGGGAACGUUGGCCCAGGAGUUCGUCAGCAAUAACCAAAGCGAGAUAGCCAAACUACUGAGCAAUGCCCAACGGUCCCAGGAUGAGCAGACCCUGAGAAGUCAAAGAAGCGAACAUGCAGAAUGGUUUGAAGGAAUCGAUGAAAAGUCCGGUCAAACCAAGGAGGAAGUUAUGCAACGGCGUGGUCAGGAUCGCAUUCGAGGUUAUUUCUACAAAACCAAAGACGAGCUAACGAAGUGCGCCAUCUAUCGACAGAAUGCCAUGGCCAAGGAGUUGAUCGACGAAAUGCUGGAUCUAUUUCGUCAACUGCUGAGCGGUUUCGACUACUUUAGUUGUAUGUUCGAUCGUAGUUAUCCCCGUCGACUGGCGGAUGGGGAGUUUUCAAAUUUAGUAUUAACCACCGAUGAGCACAAUCAAAAUCAGAGCGGGGAUGAAGUCGAUGCAUCCAGGGCUAUGCCGAAACGAAUGAAGCUAGCAAUCGAGAAAUCGCUCCAAAACGAUGGCAAUGUAAUCGACAAGUAUCGGGUAGCUCUGUGCAACGCCAGGGGUGAUUUCGCCUGCAUGGGCCUUUGGAAUGCGGUAAAGUGCACGUACGAGGCUCAUUUAAUUAAUCCUUACGUCAGCAGGGAAAAUAUGAUACUGUUCCAAGUGUGGAACUUGGAUCACCAGGUCGAAAUUCGUCGCACGGUGCUGCCAUCGAUUGUGGAGAAUUUGAAGCGCGUCAUAGAAAAUGAGGCCGAUGCAAUCUGUAAGAUACAUAACCGUAGGGGUAAGAAACUUUCUGUGAUAACUUAUUUUAUUGAGCUUUUUACGCUUGGGAACCUCAAGUUGGUUCAUAUUGUUUGCCACGACAAAAGUAUUCAUGAUAUGAUCUCGAAGGGUAGUAUUAUAUGUGACAAAUGUGCAGAGUACAAGUAUAUUAAGGAGUUCCAAACCAAAUUACGCUUAAAUAAAAACGGCUUAAUGUAUGGUAGGGACCAGGUUUUGAAUAGAAGAAAUGAGAAAGCCCCUAUUCGUAGUUUUAUUUUUAACGUAGUUUUUAACAUUUGACAAUUUCCUCUAAUA